AUGCACAGCGACACAUUUCAAGUUUGUCAAGAUACUACAAAUGAGCAGGUCAAAGUGUCAAGAUACUGCUUAGAUCAGUCUCUUGAAACACACAGUACAAUCACAGCUACCUAUCCAGCAGCACUUCAACCCCCCCCCCCAAGCAUCGUUGACUGGUUGUCGAAGAAAGACACAAAACUCUGGUUCCGGGAUAUUUUCACUAUGGACGACACUGAGUGCUCCGGCAAACUGUCAAGUAUCUCAGUUCCCAUAGCAAUAGUUCAGCGGACAAGUACCACACAGACAAUUCAAUUCACAAAGGAAAGGGGAUAUAACAUUAGACCUGGAGACAUUGUUACUGUUGCCCGUGGGCCCGAGUAUGAGGAAAAAGGAGUUGUGCAAAGUGUUGACUUCCCAAAUGCUCGUCUGACCUUGCUUUGUGAUGGUGAUCACUCACUGGCAAGUACCAUUAACUUGUACUAG